UAAUGAUGUUUUUCUCCCUUUCCCUCCAUGCUUUCUCUUUAUAACAUUGCCAUCUGCCUAAGCCACCAGCAGUGCCUUGAAGCUUUUAGGCAUUUAGCUUGCUCCUUAACCUGCCCAAAAUCAAUUUCUCCAUUGUUAUCUUCAUUAUGUUCCUGACCUGGUUUGCAGCUUCUUUUAUUAACAUCUGUGCUGCCACUGCUUUUGGAUCAAAAGCAACUACAUCAAUGAGAUUAAUGCACGAUGUGAGUGGUGACCAGUGUUAUCCGUAACAAACAUGUUAUUAGCUAUUCAAGGAAAGGAUUGGGGAGAAUUAUCCAUUUGGUCAAAAUACUGAGGAAAGGCACUGCAACUGCGUCUAUAUGUGUUAAAGGAACAGGAGAAUGGCAAACUCUGCUGAAUGUUUUCUGAUGAGUCUUGUUAUGAUUGGAAUUCUUAGCCAAGUGACAUCAGAUGCUUUUGACCACAAAUAUAAUAAAGGCGAUCCGGUGCCUCUGUAUGUCAACAAAGUUGGUCCAUAUCGCAAUCCUAGUGAAACUUAUCCGUAUUACGAUUUUCCGUUCUGUCCACCAGAUCUCUGGCAAGAGAAGGAGGAAUCUCUUGGUGAGGUGUUGAAUGGAGAUCGUCUUGUUUCUGCUCCAUAUAAGCUGAAUUUCAGGUUAGAUAGGGAAUCUCAAGUUGUUUGUAGAAGAAACCUGACCAGGAAAGAGGUUGCGCUGUUCCAAACUGCUGUGGCUAAGGACUACUACUUACAAAUGUAUUAUGAUGACUUGCCAAUUUGGCAAUUCAUUGGGGUGGCUCAGACAAACAAUGUUGACACGUUUAAAUAUUAUCUCUUCACAAAAGUCCACUUUGAUAUUUUCUACAGCCGAGAUCAUGUGAUUGAAAUCAACAUGUCAAGUGACUCAUCAAACUUGGCUGAUUUAACAGAGGACAAGGUUAUUGAUAUUGAGUUCUUAUACAGUGUAAAUUGGAAAGAAACGGACCUGCCUUUUGAUACAAGAAUGCAGAAGUACACAAUGUUUGCACAUUUUCCACUGAACAUGAAAAAACAUCAGUUUGCAAUCACAAAUUCAUUUUGGACGAUUAUCCUCUUAGUUGGUUGUCUGGUUGCAUUAUAUGUGCGAGUCCUCAGGAAAGAUUUUAAUGAGUAUGAAAAUGAUGAGGAAUUGGCUGAUAAUCAAGGACACACAGGAUGGAAGAUCAUCCAUGGGGACGUGUUCCGCUACCCAAAAUAUAAGUGUUGCUUAGCUGCAGCUAUUGGUUGUGGAACACAGUUAUUUGCAGUCGUGCUGUCCGUUAUCAUAUUGGGGGUUGCUGGUGUAUUUCAUCCAUAUGACCGUGGAGUUCAGAAGGUUGCAUCGGUCAUCAUUUAUGCAAUAACUAAUGUCAUUGCUGGAUUCACUGCUGUUUCUUUCUAUCAUCAACUUGAAGGAAGUUACUCAGCGAAGAAUCUAUUUCUAGCAGGCUCUCUAUUCUGUGGUCCUCUUUUCCUUACAUUUUGUUUCCUAAACACUGUUGCUGGUAUCUACGAAUCCACAGCAGAGAUUUCCAUGGGCAAUAUUGUGAAGAUUCUUCUUAUAUGGGUUUUCAUAGCUUUGCCAUUGCUUUUGUUGGGUGGGACUCUUGGGAAAAUAACAAAGUCUGAGUUUCAAGCUCCUUGCAGAUCCACAAAGUGUCCUAGAGAAAUACCACCACUGCGGUGGUACAGGGCUGCUCUUCCUCAAAUGGCAAUUGCUGGAUUUCUUCCAUUUAGUGUUUUCUAUAUUGAGCUAUAUCCCAUCUUUGCAAGUAUUUGGGGCUUCAAAGAGUUCACAGCGUAUGGAGUACUUUGUGUCUUUUUCAUUUUCCUUGUAACUAUUACGGCUCUUGUGUCAAUUGGUUUGACAUACCUUCAGCUUGCUGCCGAAGACCAUCAAUGGUGGUGGAGGUCCUUUCUUUGUGGUGGCUCAACUGGCUUGUAUGUCUACGCCUAUUGCUUCUUCUUCUACUUUCAAUCAGAAAUGAGUGGUUUCUUACAGACCUCAUUCUUCUUCGGCUACAUGACUUGCAGCUGCUUUGGCCUCUUUCUCCUGCUAGGCACCGUGGGAUUCCGCGCCUCUCUAAUUUUUGUUCGUCAUAUAUAUAGUUCUAUCAAGUUUGAGUAGCUGUUCUUGUCCUGUUAAGCUUCUGAUCGAUCUUUGCUUUGUCAUAUCUGUCUGUAGUUAAAUGUUACACAAAGAGGUUUCAAGUUCUUGUCUUAGAAGAUCAGUGAAAAUAUAGCAAGUGGAUAAGAGUCACUUUGAAUUAUCAGAGUUAUUUCCAGAAGAAAUGUAUCAUUUCCUGCAUCCAUUUGAAUGUUUCCAAAGUUAA